CCAUUGUGAAUUUCGUCAUUUUUCUUUCAAGUACUGAAACGAAUUGAAUACUAAUAAAAGAGACAAUCAUUCCUAACAAUAUUCUACCCUGUUGCAAACGGAAGUGCGUUGGAUGUUGACAAAAUGGCGGGCGAGCCGAGUGUCGUACACUCGGUGGAAAAAGUUGGUGGAAAAAAAUGCCGCGACAAGCGAGAAGGAACGACGCGUGUGCACGAACGUAAAAUUGAUGCUGCUCACAGAUUUCACCGUGUCGUCGUAUACUGCGGUAUAAACAAAAGUAGUAUGAAUUUCUUAGGACGUUUGUCGUACCGGGAACCCGCUGGUUCGCCAAAAUAAUCGGGCGUCGGUGCCUCCGCGAUCGUCGCGGCGAACAACGACGCUAUGGCGUCCAUCAAGUGUGUGUGUCAUUAUUUUUUAUCCGCAAUUAAUGACUAAUUAAGGUGCCACCUCGUGCUCAAUAUAGCCUGUUUAACGCCGGGUCGCAUCGCAUUGUACAUUUCUGUCGGGGAAUGUGAUUUCCUGGUGCGUUCGCCAAUCAGACGACCUCCGGGAAUAACAAACGUUCGGAACCGAGUUGGCUUACACUCCCUGUUUGACAGCUCCCAUCUCGAAACCACGGAAACCUCGUUUUCGGGAUAUUACAAGCGGGUCGCUGACACCUUUUGCGCGUCCCUACGUACACGAGGGUGACUACGAUUAUCCUAACCCCAAAAUCUAGCGGCACAAAAACUUUCUCUUUAUUAUUGACUGUCGCUUACAGUGCCGAGUAUAUCUCUCUCCUGCCACGUAUUAGUAUAUUUCUUGUUUCAAAAAAGACGUUCGUGUCCUUCCUCGUCAGGCGGGAUUCUCCAUUGUUUUCAUUUGGUGUUCAAAGGAUAUUUUGAAUUGCUGGACAGGCCUAUAUUUGCGUUAUGAAUGGCUCGUUCAAAGGCAUGGUGCAAGUGCCGAUGGAAAUAUAAUUCUACCUGCAUUUUGCACACUAGAAUUGUUCUAUGCUCUUCUGUUGCAAUUCAUAGAGUCGGAUCACACAUGAAUGAAACAUACACAAGAUGUCUAGUGGCUUGGAUAGCUUUCUAACACGAAUUGGAGACGUCACGAUAGAGCGUGUAAAUUCUUCUGAUAAAAAUCAAAGGAUCUUCGAUACUCCUUCUAAAAUGAAUGGCGAUGAAGCUGAAUCCCGAACGGUCAUAGAGGAAAAUGAGAGCUCUGAGGAAUCGAGCGGUGAUGCCUCUGAACUUGAACAUGAAAAGAAAAAUGAUUCUUUAUUAGUGGACGAAAUUGAAGAAAUUCACACUGAAGGAUCGGGUGACGACAUGGAUCUGGAUGACACUAUCGAUACUCAGAUAGGCGUAAGAAUGGAGACAGAGAGGCAACAAGCACCGUCACCGCAGGAUGACGACGUAGAAACUGUUAAUAUUUUGGAUACACUGCCACUGGAAGGAGCUCCAAUCGAAGGUCAAGAGGUAACGGAAGCGGAUCUCCUGGGAAAACCGAUCUCCAAGGAAAUGGAAGGUGAGGAUUGCGAGGACAACGAAAAUGAGAAGACGGAUAGUCAGUCGGGCGGUGAUGAUAACGCAGAAGGAAAUAAGAGACGCGCCGAUUCAGAGAAUUCGGAUCCGGCAAAGAAAAAGCAGAAGAAAGAAGAUGGCUAUGAUUCGGGCGACUGCGAGACAAAAGCCGAGAAGAAACUCUCUAACAUGCGACGAAACAUCCGUGAAGUCAUGGAUGAAACACAACUCGACGAGGCUACGCUGGCAGCGCAGAGACAGGAAAUGGAACGUCUCCGUCGUGUUCAGGAACAGCAAAGAAUAAUUCGCGAAGUGCAACGACAGAUAGCCAUCAACCGACAAAAUAACAAGACUCAAACUCGCGUGAUAAGUCUCUUGCAAGGCAAGCAGAAUCAAGCAGGGACCACGAUUUCGCCCUCGUCCUCAUCCUCGUCCUCCUCCUCUUUCCCCUCCUCGACGUCGUCCCAAGUUCGUCUGCCAAGUACGGUUCUGCUCAAAGUGAAUUCCGGCGCAGGCUCUGGCUCCGGCAUGCAAAGCAAUAUUGCAGUUCAAUCAGGCCAGCUGCAGAGGAGACAAAUGGAUGCCAUGCGCUGGCAAAAAGGUCGUGGAGGUUAUCAACCUGCGCAGACCUCAAUUUCUCGAGUACAGAAUCGUUCCACGGGUCCACAUAUGCUUCAACAGAGGAUCCGAAUGAUGACGCCAUCCGUUAGUAUCUCACCGGUGGUCCCCAAAAAAGAGCCUAUGGAUAGAUCGGAAUAUUAUUCGGACUCCGAGGGUACGGACGCAGAAGCUGACGAAGCUCUUCGCGAGAAACAAAUUCACACGAUGCGCAAGGUCUCGGGUAUUCCCAAAUCCCAAAAAUCGGCAAAGGGUAAGGAUGUGGUAACGAUAUCCAGCUCCAGCGAGAGUUCCGAUGACGACUGCAUUGUUCUGAGCGAUCCGAGUGGCGGAGAGGAAACCGAUACGGAGGACGAUCCAUCGAAUUCAGGGAUGCAUACCAAUGAUCGGUACAACAUUCCGGACGAGCAUGGUCGAGUUUUAAUCAACGUUGGCCAUCCUGAUACAGAGCCGGAUGUAUUCCUCGCGCCGCAGGUUGCGCGCAUUAUAAAACCUCAUCAAAUCGGCGGAAUCCGAUUUCUCUAUGAUAAUAUUGUUGAGAGUAUCGAGAGAUAUAAGACCAGUUCUGGUUUUGGCUGUAUUUUAGCGCACAGCAUGGGCCUCGGAAAAACACUUCAAGUUGCCAGCUUUUGCGACAUUUUUUUUCGAUGCACAACUGCCAAAACAGUUCUUUGCAUUAUGCCGAUCAACACUCUGCAGAAUUGGUUAGCAGAAUUUAAUAUGUGGUUACCGUACGAAGAUCCCUCCUUGGAGAGGACGGAGAACAAAGUGAAUGUUAAAUUGGAGCCGGGUACCGAGAACAAGCAAGAAAUGAAAGAAGAGACCGGAAGCGAUGUGUCGAAUAUGUCAAGACCUAUCAGUACAGAAUCAGCUCACCGCAUCGGACCAGAUAGUGGCCAGCAACCGGCCAAUAUGUUGUCGGAAAAUUCAUUUUCUCAUCAAAGUUAUGAUAUGCAGAAUAUGGUGUCUAACCACCAUCAGUAUAUGCAAGAGACUAUGACGAACAAACCUAUUGGUAAUCCAAAUAAUCAUAAUAUGAUUCAGAAUUAUCAUGGCGACAUGUCGCAGAAUGCUAUGUAUGCCCCUAGUACUAAUACGACGGGGAAUUUUGAAUUGAUAAAACCAGAUAUGGAUAGUCGCUCUGUGCAAACGGGAAUCAAUGUCGCCGCUACUCCCAACUUCAGAAUGGACAGCCAUAUUUUGAAUCCGGCGUAUCCUACAAUGGAUAAUCGUGGACAGGGAUCGAUUUAUUCGGAUAUGGAGAACCGCGCUCCGACUUCAAUGUAUGCCGGAUUGGAUAAUCAUCCUACAGCACAGAUGUAUCGGUCUUAUGAAAGUUCACCAGCAGCGCAGACAUUUUCAAAUUUUACGACAAAAUCGGAAUCCGAGCCAGCGGAAGUGAAGAAAGAAGGAGGCCAAAUUUCCGAAAUGAACAUUAAGAAAGAGCCGGAAGAUCCAGUGAAAAAGGAACAAGUCACAACAAUGACUAAAGAAGAGACUUCGGAAGACAAGAAGGACGUCGACAGAGUUAAGACUCCCUUUAGCGUGGAUGCACCAAUAGGAAUGGAAGUGAGACCACGACACUUUCGUUUGCACAUUCUAAACGAUUCUCACAAGACAAUGUCAGCUAGAGCCAGAGUUAUUCAGGACUGGCAGAAGGGCGGCGGGGUACUGCUAAUUGGAUACGAAUUGUACAGGCAGUUGUCUCUGAAAAAACCGAAUAAAGCAAAGAGGAAACGAGGUCAGCCUUUCAAGGACACUGUGGACGUCGAGGAAGAAGACAAAAACAAAGGAUUGUUGGACGAGAUGCAUGGUGCCCUGGUCAGUCCUGGCCCGGAUCUAGUAAUUUGCGACGAAGGACACCGUAUCAAGAAUUCCCACGCCAGUAUCAGUCUUGCUUUGAAACAAAUGCGUACUAAGCGCCGGAUCGUCCUUACUGGUUAUCCACUUCAGAAUAAUCUUCUCGAAUAUUGGUGCAUGGUGGAUUUUGUGCGACCCAAUUAUCUGGGUACUAAGAGCGAAUUUUGUAACAUGUUCGAGAGACCAAUUCAAAAUGGACAGUGUAUCGACUCCACGCCGCAGGACAUUAGACUCAUGAGAUAUCGUGCUCAUGUGCUGCACGCACUUCUUGAAGGCUUUGUACAGCGAAGAUCACAUUCGGUAUUGCAAGUGUCGCUGCCACGAAAGGAGGAGUAUAUUUUGCUUGUGAGAAUGACACCUCAUCAACGAAAACUCUACGACACAUUUAUGAAUCAGGUGGUAAAGACGCGCGCGGUGCCAAAUCCACUCAAGGCAUUUGCUGUGUGCUGUAAGAUCUGGAAUCAUCCUGAUAUCUUGUAUCAUUUUCUACGUAAGCGCCAGGCCAACGAAGAGGACGAUCUGGACUUGGAGGAAACUAUGGGUGAGAAACCUGUACCUGGUGCAAAACGUAAUAAAGCGCGACAGACAAGAGGAGAACCAAAGAAAGGAAAGAAAUCUAACCCUACCAUAAAAAAUAAGCCAGCUGCCAGUGUGCAACCAAAUUCGUCAUCGUCAUCGAGUAACGAUAACGUCGAGGGGGAUAAUGUUCACGCUAAUCAGAAAACCGGAGUUUAUCCUAAUUAUCCCAUGCCAGUGUCUAAUUCGGGAUAUUCUAAUUCCGUUCCUCAAGGUCCUUAUAAUCCUCAUGGAUAUCAAGCGUACCGUGCAAAUGAUCAGAAUAAUUAUUACAGAACCGAUGCCACUCAUAAUGAGUACAAUGAGUUUUACAGUAAUCAUCAAGGACAACAGAGAUAUGGGAAUCAAUUGUUCCAGUCGUAUCCGCAGACUCCAGGAUACAGUGCCGCAUCCGCGUACGCAAAUCCAUCCCAGAGUUAUCUUCCGAGCAAUGAUCAGUCUGGUAAUCAUUCCCAGAGAUAUCCUGCAGGUCCAUCCAGCAGCAAUGAUUUUCGACCUGAUCAGAAUAUAAGCGGUACUUAUGAGACACCAGCAGGUAUAUAUGCUCGGCAGUCGUAUCCUUAUCAGGAUCAAAGUCGAAGCUACGCCUCAAGCUUGAAUCAAGGAUCCAACUACAGCCAAGUGACAAAUCAGACGCAAUCCUAUCAAAAUCAAUUGCCGAGUCAAACUUCUAGUUUACCUAUAUCAGAUUAUCCUUCUUAUACGGCGUCUAAUCAGCCCAGUCAGAGUUACACACCGGUCGCGGGUCAAGGUAAUCAGCUGUAUCCAAGGUCGGAUGGACAGUCUGCACCGAAUUCGGGAAUGACAUAUACCGGUUCUGGACCAAAUCAGAAUAUAUCAAGCCAGAAUCAACCGACAGGUGGCUAUCUCCAAAAUCAGCAAAAUCAGAAUCCACCGACUCAGAAUCAAAAUCGUGGCUUCUCACCGAAUCAGCAGGGGUCUAGUGCCUCUAUGCAAAAUCCCACUCAUCCUUAUCCAUCCUCUCAAUCCGGGCAAAACGUUCCAACCAUGCACAAUGAACCUCACGGUUAUGCAUCCAGUCAAGUGACACAAAAUCCUCCACCGCAAACGCCAUCGCUUGGCUAUCCAACGAGUCAGCAGAGUGCUGCCGGUUCUCUGUCGCAAAAUCACACUCAUGCAUUUAUGUCGAAUCAGUCGAAUCAACCUCCGGUCACAACAAAUCAAAUCCGUGGAUAUUCCGGAGCUCCUCAAGGACCACCUACGAAUCUACAAUCUACAUCAAAUCCAACCAACCAGAAUCAGAGUCACGGUUAUACCACGACGGAUCAGCACCAGCAGCAGCAGCAGCAGCAGCAGCAGCAGCAGCAGGUAACUGCUCCAUCAACGGCCCAAAAUUCUAUUCAUGGAUAUCCCUCGAAUCAUUUGGUGCAGACACCAAAUUCACAGAAUUCUGCGCCUACGUAUUCUUCGUCACAUCAAAGUCAGACGCCGACAUCGGGUAACCAGAAUCAUGUUGGUUACCCAACUGGACAGCAAACUCAACCCACCACUCCGCAAGCUUCAUCUCAUAGAUACACUACCAAUCAGCAGGGUCAGAAUUCAAUAUCUCAAGGUCAAUCGCGUGGCUAUUCUUCGAAUCAACAAGGAUCGAAUCAAAAUCUCAGUCAAAACGAUCAGAUGUUCUCGCGAUCCAGCGAAGGUCAGCCAGCGCAACAGAAUUACACAUCGGCUGGUAAUACACCCCACGAAUAUUCAUCGGAACGAACAGGAGGAGCUUCGUCGAAUAAUUCAACUCCAAAUUAUUCUACGAAUCAACAACAGGCUCCUCAGAACUCGGUCUUGCCAAAUUACUCCUCUGACGUGAGUCAUCAGAAUUCCGUGGGACAAUUCAAGGGACCUGAUGAUCCUUAUUGGCAGAGGAAUUAUUCACAAACAUUUCGUCAUGAUCAAUGCAACGAUACUUACUACAGAGAGUCUAGCGUGAAUCGUUAUCAAAAUAAUUAUUUUCAGUCUUACGAUUAUCAGGGUAAUCAAAGCGAAGAUAUGAAUUCAAGACCAAACGAAUCGAAGACUCCGCAAUCAAGCGGGACCAGUGGUCACGUGCAGAAUCAAAGCAAUUUUGAAAAGAGUAAUAAGGAAGCGACGGCUAGUGUCGGCGUGCAAAGUCAACCUGUGGCACAGAACAAUAUGUCGACUAGCAGUACUGGUUACAACACAGCAGAUUUAAAUCGUCAAAAUUCAGCCGCGCCAUUGUCAAGAAAUGUUCAUGGCAUUGUGAACGCAUGUCAUGCUGGGACUUCUCGUUUGGGUCAGAAUGCAGAAGGCAUCAAGGAAGAGGAACGCGAGAAGGAGGAAUCCUUGGAUAAGGAGAAGGAGGACAAGUCGGACGAUGAGAUCCUUGCGAAGGAUGAGGAAAAGGACUGUAAGAGCUCUCCAGGCGGCAAGGAAGAUCCGGGAAUACCGUAUGAUUGGGCGACGGAAUUGAUGAAGGGCUACGUUCCCGGACUGAUUGACGCAUCUGCGAAGAUGACUCUUUUCUUCUGCAUUCUGGAGGAAGCUAUUCGAUUGGGCGACAGAGUAUUGGCCUUUUCCCAAUCGCUUUUCACCUUGAAUCUAAUAGAAGACUUUCUUGCGAGGAACAGUCUCAAGUAUCCUGAUGGUCAAACCGACGCUUGGGUGAAGAACAUAAAUUAUUACAGAUUGGAUGGGAGUACCAGCGCAUUGGAACGAGAGAAACUUAUUAAUGAGUUCAACAAUAAUCCAAAAAUUCAUCUCUUCCUUGUCUCGACUCGCGCUGGCUCUCUGGGUAUCAAUCUCGUAGGAGCAAAUCGCGCUAUCGUUUUCGACGCGUCCUGGAAUCCUUGUCACGACACUCAGGCCGUCUGUAGGGUCUAUAGAUACGGCCAGCAGAAACCGUGCUUCGUGUAUCGAUUGGUUACUGACAAUUGUCUCGAGAGGAAGAUCUACGAUCGACAAAUCAGCAAGCAAGGAAUGGCGGAUCGCGUUGUCGAUCAGUGCAAUCCUGAUGCUCAUCUGUCUUUAAAGGAAGCAACGACUCUUUCCUGGGAUUGGGAGGAGGACAGUCAGGUCCAAGAUUUUUCGCAGUCAAAGGACAGCUAUACCGAUGAAGUGAUGCAUUGCGUAUUGGAGCGGCACUCGUCCCUCUUGACUAAACAGCCGUUUCAUCACGAGAGUCUUCUGGUCGAUCGAAAGGACAAGAAAUUGAGUCAGGCUGAAAAGCGGUUGGCGCGUCGUGGAUACGAACUCGAGAAAAUGGCUGCUAAUUGUUCCAGGCCCAGUUAUAACUAUGUACCUGGAAAUACGGCAACUAGAGCCGGUGGACUUCAAAUAAGGGCCAUAAGAGGUGGAGAAAGUGCCACCACCCCGAAGCCCGUAGCUUCUGUCAGACCCAUGCAACAACGUGGAGCUGAAGGCUUGGGAGCACGUGGUGUUACCGGGAGUAGGUGGAUACCGGCAGAAGUGUGGCAGCGACAGGGCAUGAGUGCUCAGGAAAUGACAUUACCCCUGGACGUUGUCAUUCCAACUAAUUCGCCAGACAAGGGUAGCAUCGUUCUUAAAGCUGGUCAAAGAGUAAUGGUUCUCAAAAGCCCAAAAGGAAUUUAUAUGCAGCUUGAGUCUGGCAAGAUUAUAGCCAUAAGAACUGCCCUGAAAAUCAAUCAGCAAAAACGCGAAGAGGAGCCUAAAAAAGGAUUGUCUUCAAUAACGCAAAGGAACUCCAAACCGGAAGUUGGUUUCCCAUUGAGGAAUAACUCAGCAAUAUCCAUAAUACCAAAGUCAUCGUCGAGUACACACGGCAGUGGUCGACCUUUAAAUAGGCCCGGAAGUGCAGGUUACAGACCAUUCGCCGAUAAGGAAAUGGCUAGGAGGCCGAAACCAGUAGCCACUGCGGCUGCAAAACCUUAUCUGAGUCAAGUGACUUUGACUAAUCAAGUGUCUCUAUCAAGAUUACCUAAGGUAAAACAAGAACCGGUGGAUAAUUCGUCUAUCGGAGAAAAUUCCAAUUCCUCGGAUGGUCAAUUGAGAACGGAGCAGAGAGUGGAGGAGGUGAGGUUAGAGGAUGUUGUGGCAGAAGUUAGUUCUAAUACAGAGUACAGUCCGUCUAAUAUGAGUCGAUCCUCGAACACCGAUUUGGCGGACAACGCGGCCCAGAAAGCUGCUGACAACAGAACUCAUAGUUUCUCUUCGGAUUCAGCUGAUCCCAAUACUCAAAGCGCCCAGGCUCAACGCAAUCAGCCAGAACCCGAAAUGGUCCAAGAACCUGAUCAACAAACAUUAGCGGGUGACAGUAGCAAGGAAUCGACCAAAACAGACCCUUUGACGGAUUAUGGACAAGUUUUCCCCAGUCAAAAGAAUGAAACCGAUAGUCCUAAUGAUGAUAUUAUUAUAGAAGAGCCGCCUCCGCCUCUGCCACCGCCACCGCCACCGCCACCCCCACCCCCACCGCCACUGCCACCGGCACCUCCUUCGAUCGUUCAGAGGAUGGAUACAACAAAGAAUAACGCAGACUCAUGUGUCAUCUCCAUUGCUUCCGUGUCCGCUGGAACAAGUACGACGUCUGUUAAAGUAACAGAGUUAAACGUUCGGGAAGGUUCGAAACAAGCAGAUGAUCAAGCUCUCUCUCAGGGUCUUUCUCAGAAUGCAACGCAGAGUAUGGUACACACUCUUUCACAGGGCUUGUCCCAAGCUGUUGUAUCCCAAAGCGUUUCUCAGGCCGUGCCGCAGGCAGUGCCCCAGGGUUAUCCUUACGCCCAGUAUCCUAGGUAUUACGAUUAUGCGGAUCCUCGAUCACGAUCGUUGUCCAAUCCUUACGGGACAUAUUUCCCAAGUGUUCCCCCUCACUCGGCGAAUCCCAGACUUCCACUGGAGGCGACCAAGUCACAAUCUGAGACGCGAAAGCCAUUGGAUGAAGGGACAAUCACUAGUAUCACGCCCAGUAUAUUUUCACAAAGUUCUGGCUCUACUGCCAAAACGGCAAUCGAGACGACCGAGUCCAAGAGCACCGAGACGACCACGACGACGACUACGACGACGUCGUCCAGGGACGAGACCACCCACGUUCCGACUGCGUUCAGUCAUCCCACAAACACUCGGUACCCUGGGCCCUAUCCCCCAGCACCUUAUGAUCCGUAUGCGCAGCAUUAUUCACCAACACCUGGCUCCUCUGCGGCUUAUCCACCAGGUGGAGCCCCUGGUUAUCCGGCGUAUGGAGGACCAACCUACAACACGGAGUACGCUCGAAUGUAUUCGGCCUUCCACGGUCCUCCUCCUGCAGCGGAUCCCUACAUGCAUAGAGCCUAUGCUCCGCCACCACCCUCUACCCACCCUCCGAAUUAUUAUCCUCCGUUUCCGCACCCUCCGCCGCCGCCUUAUCCUAAUUACAGUUUCUUGCCGCCCUAUCCCAAUCCUAACAUGCCCAGUGAACCGCAGCCACCUCAGUAAACAGACUCACGAUGCGUUCAAGAUGAAGCACGACAGACUGCGAGACUAUGCUACACGUCAAUCUUUGUCACUGGUCCAUGUUAAUGCAUCUUCGGAGCUUCGUCUUCGGAUCUGUCAAACGAUUUAGCGAUAUUUAUCAGGGAUCAUCACGAUUCAUGCAAGGGAUAAUCAUUCUCGUCUAAACAGUAGAGUCGCUUUAAGAAGUACGGUGCGUUCAUUUUCAUUGAUAAUUAAUAUAGUUCCAAUCUUUCCAAAGGUGUGAUUCCCUCCUUACUUUUGAUCUGGUAGAGCUAGAUACGGAACGAGAAGUCAAAAGUUUAAGAAUACUCGCGAAAGAUUUUUAUAUUCGUUUUUAAGAGUGUCUAUUAGUUUUCUAUCCACUCGAAUAUAUAACACACACACACACACACACACACACACACUUCUUGUUUAAGUUUUUACCAUGAUGUCUUAGCAAGAUCAUUUAUCUAAAUCUUAAUUGUUGAGUUUAUUAGAAUAUUAAACGAGGAGUGAAUCUCGCCAUUGGAGGAGCAGCAAGCGGGAAAUAAGCGUUACGUUCUUACCAUCAUAACACACACAAACACGAACACAAUGUGCAAUGUCAUUCUUGUACAUGUUUUGUAGAUAUCAAGAGGAAAAAGUCGUCGUAUAAUAUGUUAUAUAGUUUCAAAAUUCGAACGAUCUGUGUAUAUUUAUAACGGUACAGGGUGAGAUGUAGACUACGCCAAUCUCACCGCAAAAAAUAUUUUCCGAUCGGAUGCGAAAAUAGAUCAAUUGAAAUGAAUGCGGCGGAUAUCCGGAAAUUAAUUGAUCAAUUAUCCAACGCUUACACACUGGAGGCGAAGCACGGGAACAGUAAUGGAUGUUUGCCAACUACGUGCAAUUGAUAUUAAAUGAAAAUCCUUUUCUUCUCCGGUGAUAUUAAUGUUUGUGGAUAUGUGAAACACGGUACGAUUAUCCUCUUUUUAUUAUUAUUAUUUUGUCGAAAUUUUUUUUAUUUUUUCGUAAUUUCCGCCUCUUUAUUUACUUCUUUUUUUUAAAUGGUAUAUCGCCACAGCAAACAUAUCCUUAGAGAUGCUUUUCUUACUCCCAUUAGGAAUAUCUUUGUACGAGUAUACAUAUUUUUUUGUGUAAUUAUUUUCAUUCUCUUUCGGUCUCACGUAGUAUAUGUAGAUUAGUUGUCAGACGUUGAUUUUCUUUAUCUUCUUCCAUUUUCUACUUGACAUUAGCGUCAUUAUCCGUUGAAUCGUAUAUACAUGACUCUUACGUAUACUUUUAUAUAGGAAAGAAAAGAGAUUCUAAGAAACUGUAGACUUUGGUCCAGUCAAGGAGAUACGAGAAAAGAUACAAUCCACAGAUACCAUAAAAAUCACGUUAAAAUAUCGUUCGCAUCAUUAUGAAAUCGAAUCGCAAUAAAAUUAUUUCUAGCGCAUCGUCAUUUACUUUUCACGAGCAUUAUACGUACAGUAUUCAUUCUCGAAACAUUUAGCAGCCAGUAGACACAAGUUCACGCAGCAUCCUUAGCAAGUGUAUGUAUAUGACUACGUAUUACUAGAUAACGUUACGGUUUUUUCUUAAGGAUAGGUAAUCUUACGGUAGCAAUGUAGGAUUGUUGUUAACUAGAGGAGUGUGUCCUACAAAUUAAUAACUAUCUUGAGGACGUAGGUAAUGAAAAUUCUAGGGAGGGCUUUGACAUACUCCAGUGCGGCUCUGCAAGCUCACCACUGUGAUAUUCUGUCGUGGUCUCUUGUGCUCGCAUAUUUUUUUUCGUUGUUAUGUCAUCCUUAUCGGGGUAGCCAUCCUGUAGCUGAAUUUGUCUGAUCGGAUGGUCGAGCGACGAGAUCGAGUUGCAAGAUAUGCGCAAUGCAAAAGACAGAUAAAAAGAUGGAGAUGAAAUGAAAUAUAUUAAAUAGCCGCUUCAUGAUUAUCUCGGGCUCGUCGUGCUCGUAUCACUCGUUCAUUCGAGUGUACUAGUUAUUUUCGUGCUUUUAGAAGAAAUUCCGUGAACAAAAUAAGAGAAAAUCAUGGGCACAAGGUUUUUUAAAUAAAUUUUUCUAUCUGAGUUUCACGUCCGCAUUGAAAGUUAUCCCGGCACUUCCCUACCUAAGCUAUCAUAGUCCAAUUAUUAUAAUGCAGUGAGCACUCACGCUGGAUGUAUGUACUAUGUCAUAGCAUGUGUAUGAGCAUAUAAAUACAUACGUACGCAUAUGUAUAGUAUACAUGCUCUGAUACACUCGAUAACGUCGCAUUCAUCUAGGAUUGCGUCUCUGUUGAUUGUUCGCAAAUUGGAGUAGUCGAACUCCUUUUGUCAGUUCGUCUCGUCUUCGUUGUGACGAAUAAGAUUUUUUAGCUUUUAAGUGUACAGGUAUUAAGUGACGAUUGGGAUGUUUCGAUGAUGAUAAUAAAUAACGAUAUAAAGAGAGACGUGUCAUCUCCAUGGCAUUUACGGACAAACGACAGAAUCCAUCGUGACGCGCGAGCUACACAUCUUUUACGAAAGUAUCUUUUUCUCUUUCAACCCCCCCCCCUCCCCUCUCAACCGUUCGGCACCCCUCGGUCAUUCUUCCUUCCCUCAUCUACCUGUUGCGACCUUCUUAUUCUUGUAAUUUUCUUUUCUCCGCCAUUUACAUAUCUGUAAAUAUCCAUUAUUUACGUUUCAUACUUUAUUUAUUAUUAUAGAUUAUCAAUAAUUGCUUUUUAAUGUCGGAAUAUCGCCCUUAUGUAAAAUAAAUUGUUUACACCGAUGAAUAUUGUUUCAAUAUCGUAUAUUAUAUCAUUAUAUCGUAAAAUCAAAAAAACAUUUUCGUUUCUAAGACGUUUAUUCUCUCUCUCCCCCUCCCCUCCAUCUUUCCCUCGUUUUUUCUUUCACACUUACUCUCCCCUAUUGCAUUAGUAAGAGAGAAAUCUACGCAUGUAAAUGCUUAGUGUAAUAAAUCGUCAUUUCAAUGUCAAAGUCGUAGGAUUGUAAUUAAAUGGUCCGAUCACGGGGAAUCUUUACGAAAUCAGAGAACUAAUUAUGUAAGCGUUCUGAAUUCCCAGAUGUUUUAACGCGUCUAUCAGAAAAAUCGUGUUGACUUGUUCAUCAGUUUUUGACUUUUGUCUUGAUUCUGUGUACAAUGUAACACGUUGUAGCACUUAGUGCUGGGUUUAUUGAAAAGUUAUAAUUAGUAAAUUGAUUGUUAAAUGGGAAUACAUAUUAUAGCGCUAUGGGAAUUUUUACUAAGUUAUAAUUCUUCGAUUGUAAUUUUUCUAUAAACCGUGCUACGGUGUAUGAGAAAUAAAAUUAUAAAAUUAAA